AGGUGUCAUCUGCCUAUCCCGUCGUCCAAUGAGAAAGUCCGCCUGGUCGACGACUCGUUUAGGAAGAUCAGUCACGUGGUCUCUGAUGGAUCCUGGGUAGUCAGGGUGCAGGCCGCCAAAACACUGAGUAACAUGUUGCAAGUCAGUCCUCACUUCCUUGAGCAGACUCUGGACAAGAAACUGAUGUCAGACCUCAGGAGGAAACGUACUGCUCAUGAGCGGGCCAAGGAGCUCUAUGCGUCUGGUGAGUUCUCCUCGGGGAGGAAAUGGGCUGAUGAUGCUCCCAAGGAGAAGGUGGACACCUCCGCUGUCAACCUGAUCGCCUCCGGGGCCUGCGGAGCCUUUGUACACGGACUGGAGGACGAGAUGUACGAGGUGCGUAUUGCUGCUGUGGAUGCCUUCUCUGCUCCCCAAUCAUCUGCCAGCUUUGCUGAGAUGUGCCUGGACUUCCUGGUUGACAUGUUUAACGAUGAGAUUGAGGCGGUCAGGCUGCAGUCCAUCCACGUCCUCAGACAGAUCUCUACUAACACCCUGAGAGAAGACCAGCUGGAUACUGUACUGGCUGUACUAGAGGACUCGUCUCGUGACAUCAGAGAGGCGCUACAUGAGUUGCUGUGUUUCACCAAUGUGUCGACUAAAGAGUGUAUCCAACUGGCUCUGCUGGAGCUGCUGAAAAAUCUCACCAAGUACCCCACUGACCGCAACUCUGUCUGGAAGUGUCUAAAGUUUCUAGGUUGUCGUCAUCCUACCCUGGUAUUACCGCUGGUUCCAGAGCUGCUCAGUACUCACCCUUACUUCCACACCCCUGAACCAGACAUGGACGGCCCUGCCUGUAUCCUACACACACACACACACACCCCUAUACCUAUUGUGUGGUCCUGACCUAGCGUAACAGAUAUUGCAGUGUUGGUGCUGGUGUUCAACGCAGCUCAGUCUUGUCCCACCAUGACAGCUCUGUUCUCAGACCACACCUUUAGACAUUACACCUGCCUACGGGACAGCCUCUCUCACCUAGUACCUCCUCUCAGGUUACCAGGGAGGAAGCAGGCCCCAGGUGGGAGUGGUAUAGAAGGUUCCAGGAGUGUGGAGUCUGCUCAACUGUUCCUCCAACAGAGUCUGAGCAGAGUUAGCACCAUACAAAACCUACAGGACCCCGGGGCUCAGGACCUGCUAAACUUGACUAUCAGAGAUCUACAGAGACUGGGGGAGCUACAGACAGAGCUGACAGGGGCUGCUGACUUUUUUGCCACCUACCUCCGCUGCCAACUACUGCUCACCAAGAUGCUGGAGGAGACGUAUAAACUGGUGUUCCUAUAUAAUGGUCUGGAGAACAGACAGGUGGCCACCAUACACCAUGUCAGACUACAGGCUAAGGCCUUACAGCGAGUUCUGACUGCCCGUACUAGGCGAGGGUUAGUACACACACAAACACCGUCCAUGUCUAUAACUGUCAAGCAGCUCAACCCCUCUCAUCUCUGCAGAGUAGAACCUCUCAUCAGUGUCUGUGAGAAGUUCCUUCAGGAGGUGGAAUCCUUUGAGGCUGUUUGUGGUGGAGCUGCCCCACCUCCAGGAAAGUUUUGUGGGGAAGCUGUUGGAUGUCCAGCGUGCAUCAGCGACCAUCAUUGAGCCGACAGGAGAGUCUGACAACCCGCUGCGUUUCACCUCUGGCCUGGUGGUGGCGCUAGACAUCGACGCUACGCUGGAGCACGAACAAGACCCCCACAACACAAAGUACAGUCUCAUGUGAUUCAGCCUAAACCUGGAGACUUCAGGAGUCCUGGACCACACCGCCACCGCCUCAUCACACAGGUCUACUUGUCUCACUGCGCAUGGACUGGUGUAUUAGAUCGAAGUGAGGCUGCUGCUGGCCUACAGCUCAUCUUGUCUCUAAGACAGCGUGGAGCGACAGCAGCAUUGAAGGCCUCCAGCCAGCAGAGGGUGCCACUGAGGGAACCAUUCCCUUCAGCAAACCUGUCAAGGUCUUCAUCAUGCCCAAACCUGCCUGCCGCUGACAAACACACCUCUUUAAACAUCCAUCUCCCUUUCCCUAUCCUCUUCCUCUAGUCUUUUCUAUCUUGUCUGUUGUCUUCUCCCUCUCCCACCCCUGACCUGCUUCUCCUCAGCCAUUGGUGCAGACCUCAAAGCUGGUCCUUCCUUACUGUGUUCAUUUUUACAAAACAAUAUAUUUGUUAGUGGCUGGCUGACUAGCUGACUGGCCUUUAUUCUCAACUAGAAUGAGAAUGCGUCCCAAAUAGGUCCCUAUUCCAUAUAUAGUGCACUACUUUUGACUACUGUAAAGGGAAUAGGGUGCCAUUUGGAAUUCCGCACGAGACUAAGCCAGAGUAUCACUGAGGUCACCUGUCUGAUCUAUGUGUUGCUAUUCCUAGUUGCUAUAGUUAAGGACAAACUUUUUUUGAAUGACAAUAAAUGAAACCAGAUGGUAUGAUUUCAUCAGCAGGUAGAGGGGAAGACGCCACCCACCUUGGCUCCCUGGCCAACCAGGUUGUUGUAUUCUGUGAUGGCCUUCACGGUCUGCAGCACCCUCAGUUCCACUCCUCUCUGUCACACGAAGUCCACAGUUGAGGAAGGGACCUUUUUAAAGAGAGCGUGUUCAACAUUGCAGCUGACUUUAAAAGACAAAUUCCACCCGAAAACUA